AUGUGCUCAGAGAAUUCUGCCUGGAAUUUACUACUCUGUGGUCCACAACUUCUGCUCUGCCUCCUUCUCCCCUAAUUGCUGGCAAUAGGCAAUUCUUACAGCAUGAAUAGCUUUAAGAGGGUUGUUUGGAUGAAAUGUGAGAGCUUGUCAAUGUUUUGCCAUUGUGAUACACCUUGCAGGCACACAAGGAUGUCUACUGCUGCAGAGCAGCCAAAGCACUGCCCUGACUGUGGAGAGCUAUGCGGUUUUGGGGAUGUGCUGAAGAACCACACGUGCCAAAUGAUCUGUUUGACUCCAAGACGGAAAUCUGAAGGGGCCCUGAUGGCUCUUCCUGCUCAGACACAAAGCUCUGCCUCCCUGGAAAACAGUGAGCUCAGCCAGCCCUUACAUCUGGAGCUCGUGGAUGCACUGAGCCUGGCUCCUUCAGCCCCUGCUCCUCUUGCUCAACUGCUUGUCCACCAGUGCACUCCCUCACUCCUGUCCUCCUCUGUCUCUCCCUCACUCUCUCCAUUCUCCAGGCCCGAGCAAGCACUACCCCAGAUGAGCACACCAUGGCUGGCCAGGUUAGCCAUAGAGGCUGGGCUCCAGCAGCUGACCCUGGAGGUUCAGGAGGAUGUGUCUAUGCAGCUGGGGUCCUUGCAAGAAGCGGUGAAGAGGAGGAGUGCAGAGGUGCACAGGGUUCGGAGGGAAAGUGAGAGAAUGGAGAAGGAAAAGCAGGAAGUGGAGGAAAAGGCAGCUGAGUUGGAGUGCCAGGUGGCAGUUUCUGUGGAGAUGCUGGCCAGCCUGAGGCAGGAGCUGAUGGAACGGGAGGAGGAGCUCAGCCUCAAACAACAACAGGUUUGUGAUUUGGACAGGUUUGUCCAAGAGACCGCUCUAAGGGAAGCGAGUGCUAAAAGUCGCCUGCAGAGCUUCAUCGAGAAUCUGCUGGAGAGAGCAGAAAGAGCAGAGCGGCGGCUGCAGGAGCUGCACACACCCUCACACACACACGCCGACAUCACAUCACCUGACAGAUCCUUCACAGCUGCCGGAGCAGCAUUACACCGGAGGAGCUGCAGUCAAUCAGGGAUUUCCAGGUGCUGCUAUUCACCAUGUGAUCACACAGGAAGUCCAGUUCACAGCACGGGGGUGUGUGAGGUGCUUUGUGAUGAACAAUGCUACCAAAGGAACCCUUCAGACAUGGAAGCUGAUUCAGACAGCUGGUCUGUCUAUAGCACCGAGACACAGGAGGGUCUGCAGCAGCAUUACAGGACAUACAGCAAAACAGAUAACUCCGCCUUCCACUGCCACUCCCUCCAUCAUGGCAACAGUCCUGACCAAUCAGUAAUGUGUUCAAAGCGAAUGAGGAGGAGGGCGUGGCUUUUCUGCAUCUUUCCUUAUCUGGACACACACUCGCUACUCAUUGCUGCACAGGUGUGCAAGGAUUGGUGGAGUGUUGCCCGUCACCCUGCAGUGUGGACCAGAGUAACACUAGAAAAUGACCGCAUUUCAUCAAAGUUUAUGGUGACUAUUGCUCAGUGGUGUAGUCAGAUGAACACGCUCAUUCUACGUAACCUAAAACCUCGUUCUCGUGCCAAGAAAGAGAGUAAAGAGGAGUAUCUGAAGAACACAAGAGGGUGUCUGGAGGAGGGGUUGGAGGCGGUGCUAAGAUCAGCAGGGCGGAGUCUUGUGUCUUUGACCAUCUCUCAUUGCCCAAACAUUUUGACAGACAGGACACUGUGGCUUAUCAGCUGCCACUGCAGAGCUCUGCAAACACUUACUUACAGGAGCUCAUCAGAUCCUGCGGGUCAGGAGGUGAUCUGGGCUUUAGGGGCAGGAUGCAGAGACAUCACCAGCUUGAACAUCGCACCACUACAGCCAUGCCAGCAGCCCAGUCGCUUUAGUAACCGCUGCUUGCAGACGAUUGGCCGAUGUUGGCCUCGCCUGUAUCAGGUGGGAGUGGGUGGAGCCAGCUGUGGUCUUCAGGGAUUAGCCUCUUUGGUGAGGAACUGCUCCGCUGUGUGUGUGUUGGAGUUGGACCACAUGAGUGAAAUGAGCCAGCAGGGGGCAGUAGAGCUGUGCAGGGAAGGACUACAGCAGUUACACACACUCAUCUUCAACUGCACACCUGUUACUGCCAAAGCCAUCCUGCAUUUUCAUAGUGUGUGUAUGAGGCUGAAGUCCAUCGUAGUGCUCAUGAGUUCUGCAGAUUACUUUGACGACCCUGAGAGUGAAGAAGCAAAGAGAAUUUUUAAUGAGAUGGUCAGCAGCCUGCAGGCACUGAGGAAGAGACCAGGCUUGUCAGACAUCCUUCAGGUCAGAGUGGACCAGUGUGACAUUCUACCUGGCUCUUAAAGAAACCAA